GAACGAAGGAGACAGCUUCUGCGAAAUCAGCAUGAGAGCCAAGUGGAAGAAGAAGCGUAUGAGGAGAUUGAAGAGGAAGAGACGAAAGAUGAGACAGCGAUCUAAGUAGAUUCGGGAGUUUGUUUUGUCUUUCUUCUUUUUAGAACCAACUCUUAUGUGAGUUUUGUUGGUUUUGCAAUUUUCAAUUUGAAUGUUUUGUUGGACCAAAUCGAAUCUAUGUUUUCUAUUAGAAUUAUGUUUAUUACA